AACUCACUGCUGCCGGCCUGACCUCGCUCCCAGCCCUGCUGCCCAGAUUCUAGGCUCCAAGCUCAGGACCUCAGGAUGGGAGAUGAGGAGAAGCGGAACAGGGCCAUCACGGCCCGCAGGCAGCACCUGAAGAGCGUGAUGCUGCAGAUAGCGGCCACAGAGCUGGAGAAGGAGGAGAGCCGCCGCGAGGCCGAGAAGCAGAACUACCUGUCAGAGCAUUGCCCGCCACUGCACAUCCCGGGCUCCAUGUCAGAAGUGCAGGAGCUCUGCAAACAGCUGCACGCCAAGAUCGAUGCGGCUGAAGAGGAGAAGUAUGACAUGGAGGUGAGGGUGCAGAAGAGCAGCAAGGAGCUGGAGGACAUGAACCAGAAGCUGUUUGAUCUGCGGGGCAAGUUCAAGCGGCCCCCGCUGCGGAGGGUGCGCAUGUCAGCUGACGCCAUGCUCAAGGCCCUGCUGGGCUCCAAGCACAAGGUGUGCAUGGACCUGAGGGCCAACCUGAAGCAGGUCAAGAAGGAGGACACAGAGAAGGAGCGGGACCUGCGAGACGUGGGUGACUGGAGGAAGAACAUCGAGGAGAAGUCUGGCAUGGAGGGCCGGAAGAAGAUGUUUGAGUCCGAGUCCUAGGCUACUCACUGCCCCCACGCCUGCCCCGGUGCCCGGCUCGCAGCAGAACAUACUAGGGGGAUGCACCCAGAGCCUGCCAGGGAGGGCUGGCCUCACCCCCUCUGUCAAUAAAGGAUUUGAAUCCCC